GUUGGACAUGGCGAGGCUCGGUCAACUUAGCUAACGGUAACAUAAGCCAGGCAACACUAACAGUCAGAUAUGGACCAUUUACUUUAUAAUUACACCCGUUUUGGGGACAACAGACCACCUGCCGUGUUUCUUUAAACAUGGCCAGUUGUUCUGACAGGUCGGUGGCUGGUUUUCUCAGCGGCUGAAAGAGUUGAGCCCGCGACAAACAGCUGUUAGCUAGCAGAUGUUUUGUAGCUCACUGGCUCACAGCCUGGUCACGUUACAUAAAUAGAUGAGCACAAAACAACAGACACCCCUUUGAUAAUAUUUAGCCUCAGGGGCACAUGUGUAGCAAGGUGGAUGACAAUAGAUGUGAUCAAAUAAAGAAGCAUAGAUGUCCAUAUUGUUUGCUGUGGAGGAGAAACAUCCUGUCAGACACGAGUGUCCCGUGUGUUAAAAGUAGGUUCGUCUUUGCCAGUGGGAACCUGGAAAGGUUGUCCAGGAGCUAAUUUAGGAGCUAUCUGGAAUAUUUAUUGCCAUAAUAUUUAAUUAAUAUUCCAGCCACAAGAGGCCGACUGCGUGAGACUUCAUUUUCCCUCCAACUCACUUCUGUGAGGCAGCUGCCACUCCAACUGGUAGUGGCACAAAUGCAGACUUUGUAUGUAGAUUGUAUGAAUUCAUACGUGCAGCCAUCUCAGCCACUGCUGUUUCUGCAAUGAAUUACUGUUGAACAUUUCCAGGAAAGCUCAUUCCCUCCACUGAGGGGGGCACAGUGAAGGGGUACUUGAACCCAUCUGAGAGGGCUGUAUGGUUAACAUCACACAACAAAGUUGUAACCACUGAUCUGGUGGUAUUUGGCCAUGCACAUAGUUUGGUUUUAUAUGCUCAGGUUUUCAGAUAUAUAUCGCUUAAAAUUUUACAGUCACCCCAGCAGAAAGGGGGUGAAGUGAAUUUAAACUGCGGUGCUUGAAACUAGGGAACAGAUGAUAUGGAUAAAAUCAUCUAUAAUGAUAUAUGUAAUUAUAUAGCAAAAUAUCACUAUAUAUCAUAACAUAGCACAUUUUCUGGAUUAUUAACUCAGACAUAGAUGAAAUAACUAAACAGGAAUGCCUGUAUUUGGCCAGUCCAACACUGAAAAAUUACAUUUAAAAAUUUCUACAGCAACAUCUCUUAAUAGAAACCAUGACCCAGUUGCUAUAGAUAAACAAGCCUUUGCAUGCAGAUAUUUUGACGUAUAUUGUAUAGAAGCAAAAGCGCAGGUGUUUCUAAUAACAUUAACAAAGGGUCUGUCUUGUUCAAGUGUCCCAGUAAGUCAUGACAGUGAGCCAGCAUGUGCAAUACCAGGACCCUGAAAAUGAAGCAGCUAAAUGGAAUCAAGUCAUCAUUCAUUUUGUUCUCUACACCUGUGCUUUUCUUCCUAUGACAUGUGCAAAAGGCCUAUUCUCAGACCUUGCUGUGAACAGUUCUCAUGUGAACUACUUUCUACAGAGGAAAUAGUCCCUACAAAAAUAGUUUGGUCUGUCUUCUGUUGAUUAUCCAGAGAGAUAUAGAUAUAUUGCUAUUGAAUUAUUUAAAUGUGAUAUUUCUGCCCCUUGAGCACCACAGGUGAAAUUCCUUUUGUCCCCAUUGUAUUGGAUGGCAGCAGAUGCACAUAUCUUUAAAUGAAAACUAUCUGCAUUCCUCGAUGCCACUAGAAGAGAGAGAAUAUUUUUCAUAAUUUGGUCGGCGCGACCUUUUAAGUGGAGCCAUGUGAAAGUGGAGAAGAAGAGACCAUGGAGACGCUCGUUGCUGCUGACUCGCUUCUCAACAUGGACUGCUCUGACACCCUCUCCCUGGAUCAACACUACUCCCAGACCUUCUUACCAUCGCUGGGUGAUGUCGUCACUGCUCCUGUUACCCAGGUGACUGUGUCAGCAGAGGGGAUUGUGGGACCUGUUGACCAGUCACAAUGGCACUCGUUGCACACAAAGAAGCCCGCGGCACAGCUGCAGUCCAAAAAGAGAGGUCGAAAACCUCGACAUCGGAGGGCAGAGUCUCCCACACCAGACAUUACAGUGAAAAAGGACAAAUACAACAAAGGAGGAAACACGCUGUACCUGUGGCAGUUCCUUAUGGAGUUGUUGCAGGAUCGACAAGUCUGCCCUCGCUACAUCAAAUGGACUAAUCCCCACGCGGGGAUCUUCAAGCUGGUCAACUCAAAAGCAGUGGCUAGACUCUGGGGCAAACACAAGAACAAGCCAGAUAUGAAUUAUGAGACAAUGGGCCGAGCACUCAGGUACUACUACCAAAGGGGGAUACUGAAUAAGGUUGAAGGCCAGCGCCUCGUCUACCAGUUCACCUCCCUGCCCAAAGACAUGAUUUAUAUCACAGACGGAGACGGCACCAAAGAAGAAGAAGAUGACGAUCACGAUGACAAUAGCGGCAAUGAUGAAGGUGUGAGCGAUGACUCUGAUGACAGCACAAUAUCUUCUAGUGACCAUUCGGUGGAGGAUGAAGAUUCCCACCCACCACAAAAGAAGACGUCAUCGAGUAGCUCUGCCCGAGCCCAGCGGACCAGGCCCGCUCCCAGGCCUUCAGGCCAGGGUGACACCGUCCUGCGCCCUGCCAGCACCAGCCUGAUCCAGGAGCAGCAUUUGCCCAUUGUGUCUGCUGAGAUGCUGCGGACCCUCCAGAACCUGGAGAAAGUCCAGUCCCUGCAGCCCACAGGUCACGCCUCUGUCUUUCAAACGGCUCAGCUACUGGGGAGUCUGUACGAGCGACAGGCUUCUGCCGUGGCGGCUGGAGACAGUGAGGGUGCACCUGAGACACAUGAUAAAAAGUCACACAGAGGGCAGAGAAGUUCAAAAGUAGAGACUCCACAGCUGGUGCCUCUGACUAGCUCUGACCAGUAGAGCAGAGCAAUCCAGCACCAAACACACACACAUGCACAUACACUCCACUGACUCAGGACCAGUUACAGAGCUGCGCUUUGCUGUGGCAAUGUCCUCACACCAGGGCCUAUAUUUCAUAGGUGUGUAAGAGUGGGAUUAUUGAUCUAGGAUUACUUUUGUGCUUUGGAAUUUUUUUUUGUAAUAAAUUGGUAAUAAAGGUAAUUCUAGAUCAGGACUCCCUUACUUACCCCGAGUUGGGAGGAAAUUGUCAGUAACCCAAAUCUCAAAGCGUUCAGCAGUUUACCUUCUCAGUAGACAGGCAGGCUAUAAAAGCUCAUGUCCUUUAUCUCAGCCUUCUAUAACUCUCUGUAUCAGUUAACUACACAAGACACCAAAGACAGACAUGCACUGGAAUCUACAGCCUCUCUGCGCCUUCUGCACUUCAGCUUCAGUGUCAUGGAGCUAAUUAUCUGAUCCGCACAGAUCUGCCUUUAUUCUUGCUCUGCCUCACUCUUUUCUUUUUACUGUCACAUGCUGAAUCAUUCCUCUGCCUUGAUGCACUAAUGUUUACUCCUGCUGUAUGUUUCUUCUCUUAAGUGCCUAAGGAUAUUAGACCCUGCUUCCACUGUUCCUGGUAAUCAUGAGGUUAUUGAGGGAAAACAUUCCAUAUUAUUAUUAUUAUUGUUUUUUUUUUAAGAUUACUUAAUUAUAUUUGUAUUGUGAAAUGUUGAAAACAAGGGAUCACUGUUAUUUCUAGAACAGGAAUUUAGCACUGCUGCUGUUAAUAGCUGAUGUAUGUACACAGUGGACCUGACUUUUGUUGACAAUCACCGGUGAAAUGGUCUCGUAGCCUUUUUUUUUACUUAGCUACAGCGCCUCCUGUAGAGUAGCCUUUCUGCAAUGCACAUAUUCUGUUUAGUUACUACAUAUAUAUAUAAAGCCUUAUAUGGACUUCUGAAGCGUAUCUUUGUGUAUUGUGUGUUACAUACUGUAUGUUUGUGAACAUGCUUGACUGUGCCUUGUUGCCAUUUUCUCGCCUCAGGUUUGUAAAAAUUUGUUUUGCUGUGCAGACUAUAUACUCUAUGCAAGGAGUAAAACAGCCGGCCCUUUAUAAUGAAGUAAUGCUAAGUUCAGUGUUUUCUCUUCAGUUCAUCUUGGUUUAGCCUCACAAAGCCAGUCUACAAAGUUCACCUCACUCCAAAUGUAAACUGAGCUUUUCAGAUUUAGGCUGGCGUCUGCGAGGCUAAACGUGGUUUGGAGAGAGGAGAUGCUGUGAACUGUGCCUUUGCCCCCAGGAAACCCCCUAUGCAAAACUGUUUUCACUUUAUUACUGAGUAAAACAUUUAUUUUGAAAUCCCCUCACUUUGCUUUAUCUGCAGGUCUUGUGAUAUUGUAAGUUUUACUGAUAGCGAUUUGUAAGCUUGUUGCAGAGUGUGAGGUGGAGUUUCUGUUGCUUCUCUUGGUGUGUUUGCUUUCAUGCAGUCCCGAGGUGUUGAAAAGAUAAUGGUCGAUUAUAGGAAAUAAACUUAAUUUUGUCAUCGACUGUG